AUGGUUCAUGAAGGGAUUGUUUUGGGUCACAAGAUUUGUGAGAAAGGGAUUGAACUCGACCGAGCUAAGGUUGAUGUGAUGUUGCAGCUGCUUGCGCCCAAGACAGUGAAGGAUAUCAGGAGUUUUUUUGGUCAUGCAGGGUUUUACAAAAGAUUCAUUAAGGAUUUCUCCAAGAUAGCCAGACCUUUGACAAGGCUUCUUUGCAAGGAUAUUGCUUUUGAGUUUGAUGAAGAGUGCCUCAAGUCCUGGACUUUGCUGAAGGAUACUCUGGUUUCUGAUCCAAUUGUUCAAGCUCCUAACUGGGAUUACCCCUUUGAGACUAUGUGUGAUGCCCCAGAUUAUGCAGUUGGAGCUGUACUUGGCCAGAAGAUUGACAAGAAGGUGAAUGUCAUCUGCUAUGCCAGCAAGACUAUGGAUGAUGCUCAAAUCAAGUAUUCAACCACUGAGAAGGAGCUCCUUGUUGUAGUCUUUGCUUUUGAGAAGUUUCGCAGCUACCACUACAAGAAAAACAGUUGA